ACACUCAAAUAAAUAGUUUAUUGCUAUUUAUUUUUGAUUGGGUUUUACAAAUAAAAAAAAAUUAAGAAAGAAUCAUGGUAACUAUUCGAGCCGACGAAAUUAGUAAUAUUAUCCGUGAGCGUAUUCAACACUAUACUAAAAAAAUAAAUAUUUUAAAUACUGGUACCGUCCUUCAGGUUGGGGAUGGCAUUGUACGUAUUUAUGGUCUUGAUGAAGUAAUGGCAGGGGAAUUAAUAGAAUUUGAAGAGGGAACAAAGGGGAUUGCUCUUAAUUUGGAAUCAAAGAAUGUUGGUGUCGUUUUAAUGGGUGACGGGUUGAGGAUAAAAGAAGGAGGUUCGGUAAAGGCAACAGGACAAAUUGCUCAGGUUCCCGUCGGUGACGCCUAUUUGGGUCGUGUUAUAAAUGCCCUGGCUACCCCAAUUGAUGGUAGGGGCGAAAUUUUAUCUUCGGAAUUUAGAUUAAUUGACUCCCCCGCUCCAGGGAUUCUUUCGCGUCGUUCCAUAUAUGAGCCUCUUCAAACAGGGCUCAUUGUGAUUGAUUCAAUGAUACCCAUAGGACGUGGCCAGCGAGAAUUAAUUAUUGGAGAUCGACAAACUGGUAAGACGGCAGUCGCGACAGAUACAAUUCUCAAUCAACAAAGUCAAAAUGUUAUAUGUGUUUAUGUUGCUAUUGGACAAAAGGCAUCUUCUGUCGCCCAAGUAGUUACUACCUUACAGGAAAAGGGAGCCUUGCAAUAUACUAUUGUGGUAGCUGAAAUGGCGGAUUCCGCCGCUACACUACAAUAUCUCGCCCCUUAUACAGGAGCAGCCUUGGCUGAGUAUUUUAUGUAUAAGGAAAGACACACUUUAAUAAUUUAUGAUGAUCUUUCCAAACAGGCCCAAGCUUAUCGCCAAAUGUCUCUUUUAUUACGCAGACCACCUGGUCGCGACGCGUACCCAGGAGAUGUGUUUUAUUUGCACUCAAGGCUUUUGGAAAGAGCUGCCAAAUUAAGCUCAAAGUUAGAAUUAGAAGCCUUUGCACAAUUUGCUUCUGAUCUUGAUCAAGCUAGUCAAAAUCUAUUGGCAAGAGGUCAACGUUUACGCGAAUUACUUAAACAAUCACAAUCCGCUCCUCUUACGACCGCAGAGCAGAUAAUGAGUAUUUAUGCUGGAAUAAAUGGUUAUCUUGAUUCAUUAGAACUUGGUCAGAUCGGCAAAUUUCUUCGUGAGUUAUCUGAUUACUUAAAGGUUAAUAAACCUAGGUUUCAAGAAAUAAUAAAUUCGACUAAGACAUUUACUGAGGAAGCAGAAGCCAUUUUGAAGGACACUAUUCCGUCGGAAAAGGAUCGAUUUCUACAGGAAGUUGAAGCUAUGGCAAUCCUCAAGGGUCUCGAAUGGAAUUGGGAUGAUGCAUAUGAUGGGUACACACAUUCGGUAGAUACAGAGAGAAUGGGGAUGGAUUGUUACAGCUUAUUGAAUGUGGAGAGGACGGCGACGGAGGAGGACCUGAAGAAGGCUUACAGGAAGCUGGCCAUGAAAUGGCAUCCGGACAAGAACCCUAACAACAAGCUCGAAGCCGAAGCCAUGUUCAAGCAGAUCUCCGAGGCCUAUGAGGUACUGAGUGAUCCACAGAGAAGGCAAGUGUAUGAUCAAUAUGGUGAGGAGGGGCUUAAAGACAUGCCAGCACCCGGUUCUUCAAACGGCCCAUCCGGAUUCCAAAACGGGUUCAAUCCACGAAAUGCAGAAGACAUCUUUGCAGAGUUCUUCGGAAGCAGCCCAUUCGGGUUUGGAUCCGGCGGAGGAGGAGGAAGUGGAAGAUCGUCAAGCAGGUUCACAUCUUACAACGGAGGAGGAGGGAAUUCUUCCACUUCUGCCACCAGUGCUACUAGUGGUGAUGGUGGGAAUGGAAAAGUGAAACCGGAUCCAGUUGAGACUAAAUUGAGCUGCAGCCUUGAAGAGCUCUACUCUGGCUCAACUAGGAAGAUGAAAAUUUCUCGAACCGUCCUUCUUCCGAAUGGGAGAUUAGGUGAAGAAUCAGAGAUACUAUCCAUUGAUGUAAAGCCAGGGUGGAAGAAAGGGACAAAGAUAACAUUCCCAGGCAAAGGCAACGAGCAGCCGAACCAGCUCCCGGCAGACCUGGUUUUCGUGAUCGAUGAGAAGCCGCACCCGGUUUUCAAGAGAGACGGCAACGACCUGACGGCCACCGUGAGAAUAACCCUAGCAGAGGCGAUCGGGGGGACGUCGGUGAACUUGACGGCGUUGGACGGGAGGAGAGUGGCGGUCCCGGUGACAGAGGUGGUGGGGCCCGGACAUGAGAUAGUGGUGGAAGGAGAAGGCAUGCCCAUCGCCAAGGAGCCGGGGAAUAGGGGCGACUUGAAGGUGUCGUUCGACGUUAAGUUUCCGGCGAGGUUGACCGCCGAGCAGCGGGCGGCGCUCAAGUUGGCCUUACCUGCUUGACUUGAAUUGAAUGAAUUGAUUGUGGAUAU